CCGCCCCCAACUCGCAAGCUGUCGAGGAGAUUGUGACAAGCCUCGGGUAAUAUGGGCAAGGGGAAGCUUAAGGUACCUCUCAGGUACGGUAGCACUGGCUACCUAGUCGAGGGUAGGUAGCAAUGGGACGGACGGGAAGGAUAUAUAGCAUCCCCAUCCAGGUCAUCGGGUCUCUUUGUUCAGUUUGUUCAGAAGAACACCAACUCAAGUUGACACCACACUCUUUUGUGCUUGUAUAUACCUCCCGGCCCGGCUCGUACGGGUCUCUCCUCCCUCCCCUGUUUCUCUAGUCCCCUCCUCUCUUCACUUUUACGACUAACGUAACUUUGUAAGUGAGAGAAAACCAGGACAGACUUCAAAAUGAAGGCAUCCAUCCUCCUCUCCGGAGCCCUCGUCUCCCUCGCCGCGGCCGCGAUCCCCUCAGGCCCGGCAAAGACCUACGCAGCAUGCCAAAAGAAAACCGACAACUCCUUCGAAGGCUGCCCCCCAGACACACUCUUCGUCUCCAAAACCUCCAAACACGCAAACUUCACAACCAUCCAAGACGCCAUCGCCUCCCUCCCCCACGACACAACAGCCCACACAAUCCUCAUCGCGCCGGGCAUCUACAUAGAACAACUCAACGUAACCCGCCCGGGCCCCCUAACCCUCCUCGGCAUGACCGACUCCCCCAGCAGCGGACUCUCGUAUUCUUCCGUGGGCAACGCCACGGCAGGCAACGCCCAAAACGAAGUCCAGGUCCUCUUCAACGCGACGAACCACAACGUCCGCUUCCCAGACAACGCCUACACCAGCGUCCUCUCCGUCGGGCCCACGCUCAACGCCACCCUCGCCGGAUCCGGACCCACGGGCUUCCCCGUGCCGGCCGACACCCCCUUCGGGUGCGCCGACUUCCGCGCGUACAAUAUCGACUUCCGCAACGACGAGUACCCGUACUCCAACGGCCCCGCGCACGCCGUCGGUGUGAGCAGGGCGAAUGCCGGGUUCUACUCGUGCGGUUUGUACGGAUGGCAGGAUACGCUGUACGUUGGGAAGUUGGGCAACGCGUACUUUUACGAUAAUGUGAUUGCCGGCCAGACGGAUUUCUUGUACGGGUUCGGAACGGCGUAUAUUGAAAAGUCGACGCUGUCGCUGAGGAACUGCGGUGGUGGUAUCACUGCUUGGAAGGGAACAAACACAACCUUUGAAAACAAGUACGGCGUCUACAUCUCAGACUCCCAAGUCCUCGCCGCCAACGCCUCCGUCGCGCCCACCAUCCGCGGCGCCUGCGCCCUCGGCCGCCCCUGGAACGCGCAGCACCGCUCCAUCUUCAUGCAGUCCUUCUUUGACGCCUCCGUCAAGCCCCAGGGCUACAUUGAGUGGCAGGCGACGGACCCGCGCUUCAACAACUACACGUUCAUGGCCGUGUACGACGACCGCGGACCCGGCUGGACGCCUGAGCAGAUGAAGGCGAGCAAUGUCACGAUUGUGCUGGACGACAAGGGCGCGGCGCCGUAUAGGGAGCCCAAGGAUGUGUUUCAGAAGCCCGAGGGGGAGUUUGGGUUUGUGAGCUGGGUUGAUCAGAGUGUGUUGAGGGCGUGAGGUGGUGUUGUUCGUUUCUGGUGGUGAAGAAGGAUGGUUAGGGGGUAUGUUGGAGUCAGUAAGGAAUAAGAGCUGAGCAAAUGAGGAUUAAUCUCAGAACUAGACUACAACAGAGAAGAAAAAAAAGCAACUCCCUUCCUCUCA